AUGGACCAAGACAGAUUGAUGCCCCAUCUAUACCAAACGCUCUGGCACCUUGUUGUCCUGUACAAUGUCCCGAUCUCAUACUCAAAUGAUAACCCAACAGGCUUGCCCCCCAGCGGGAUAUUGGUACCUGGAGAUAUUCUCAUUGGGGCUGUGAUUCCCCUCCAUAUCAACCCCAUUUACAGAGAAGUCACCUUUCAAGAGAAACCCCCCGCAGAUGUUUGCACAAUGUUUCUCUUUGAACAGUAUCAGCUGUUGCAAGCUAUGCGGUUCGCUGUUGAUGAGAUCAACCAAAGCGUCAAACUUCUUCCCAAUAUCACUUUGGGCUUCUAUGCUUACAAUUCCUGCACUGUACUGCAGAGGGAGCUAGAGAGCACCCUGUGGAUGAUGACGGGUUACAAUUGGGUCAUACCCAACUAUUGCUGUCAAGACCGUCCACCACUGGCUGCCGUCAUCGGCCAUUCAAUGUCCACAUACUCCAUCCUCAUGGCUCACAUUUUGGGGUUGUAUAGAUACCCACAGAUAAGCUAUUUUUCAACCAGUUCUCUUCUAAGCAACAGGGCAAAGUUCCCUUCCUUCUUCAGGACCGUUCCAAGCGAUUCUUUCCAGUCUCAGGGACUGGCACGGAUGGUCACACAUUUUGGAUGGACGUGGAUAGGUCUUGUUGCUGCUGACAAUGAUUAUGGCCAAGAGGGCAUUAAGAUACUUAAGCAAGAAAUAGCAAAAUCUGGAGCUUGUGUGGCAUUCACAGAGUAUAUACAGACAUAUUAUAGAAACAUCCAUAAUAUUGCCAAGGUUAUUAAGACCUCAACAGCUAAUGUUGUGGUGGUUUUCUCUACGGACAUCUAUCUUAUUCCUUUACUUGUUGAACUUUUGAUACUUAACACAACUGGGAAAGUCUUUGUAGCUAGCGAAGCUUGGUCUAUUUCAAACGUACUCUCAAUAGAGAAGUAUUCUUCCAUCUUGUUGGGAACAAUUGGUUUUGCAUUUCGCAGCUCAAAGAUCCCAAGCUUCCAAACCUAUCUUAACAACAUUGACCCGUACAAUACUCCAGGUGCUUCUUGGGUCAACAUUUUCUGGGAAGAAGCUUUUGGGUGCACGUUAUCUGACCAAAAGAUGGUUAAUGGAUCAAGGAAUGCAUUAAAUGUAUGUACUGGAGACGAAGACCUUAAUAGCAUCCAUAAUCUUUAUAACGAUGUGUCAAGCCUGAGAGCAUCUUACAAUAUUUACACUGCUGUCUAUGUUAUAGCUCAAGCUCUUGAUGACCUUAUGUUUUGCAAUGAUGAGGAAGGAUCCUUUUCAAGGGGAACAUGUGCAGACAUUGGAAAAUUUAAAACAUGGCAGCUUAUGCACUACUUGAAGAAAGUACGGGUUGAACUAAGUGACAAGAGAGAAGUGUUCUUUGAUGAGAAUGGGGAUCCACCAGCUGCGUAUGAUGUUGUGAAUUGGCAAAAGAACCAAGAGGGUUCCAUGGUCCAGGUGAAGGUUGGAAACUACGACAGUGUGGCCUCAUCUGGAAAAAGUUUUUCCAUAAAUUCAAGUUCUGUGUGGUGGCCAAAUGGCAGACAGGAGGUAAAUUCAUAUAACAUCUGCUGUUAA